CUCCUCUCUCUUUCUUCCACUGUUCACAUCAGCACACGCCAAAUAAAUAACUUUACGUCACCACUUGAGAUUUCUUUUAAAAAAAUUUUCCCCCAAAUCUCUGUUACCAGAUUCCUCAUCCCCUCGAUUUGGAUCUGAACCAUGCGAAAAACCCAUGCAGAGCCCGGUGCGAAGUCUAGAUUUUGAUGCCUUGAUUGAAAGAUUUUGAUGAGAAAACAGCUCAAACAUCGGAUCCUUGUAUCAUUUGAGGGGAGCUUGGAUAAUUUAGGAGGUGGGCAUGGGCUGCUUUCAUUCGAGAGAGGAGGAGCAGCUGAAUAAUCCUGAUAAUAAUGAUAGUAAUAAUAAUAAUAACAAUGGGAAGGUUGUUGAUAGAAGAGAGGGGCAGCCCAUGGCUCCACCUCGGAUUCAUAGAUUGCCUUCUGGACUUGAUAGGACUAGGUCAAGAGGGAAUUUGAGUGGAAGAAGGGAAUCAGUUAGUCCAAGAGAUGGCUCUGGUGUUAAAAUAUCUUCCCAAACUUUCACCUUUCGAGAACUUGCAGCGGCCACAAAGAACUUCAGGCCUGAAUGCUUCAUAGGGGAAGGGGGAUUUGGUAGGGUCUAUAAAGGGCGUCUUGAGAACACCGGGCAGGUGGUGGCUAUAAAGCAACUUGAUAGGAAUGGGCUCCAGGGAAAUAGAGAAUUUCUGGUGGAGGUCCUCAUGCUUAGCCUACUACAUCACCCCAACCUUGUUAAUCUAAUUGGUUAUUGUGCUGAUGGAGAUCAACGUCUUCUUGUAUACGAGUUUAUGCCCUUUGGAUGUUUGGAAGAUCAUUUGCUUGAUCUCCCUGAUGAUAAGGAACCACUAGAUUGGAAUACAAGGAUGAAGAUUGCAGCUGGUGCGGCAAAAGGAUUGGAGUACCUCCAUGAUAAAGCUAAUCCUCCAGUUAUCUACAGAGAUUUCAAGUCCUCCAAUAUAUUAUUGGACGAGGGCUUUCACCCGAAGCUUUCUGACUUUGGGCUUGCAAAGCUUGGUCCUGUUGGUGAUAAAUCUCACGUCUCAACAAGGGUGAUGGGAACUUAUGGAUAUUGUGCUCCAGAGUAUGCUAUGACUGGGCAGUUGACGGUGAAGUCUGAUGUCUAUAGCUUUGGAGUUGUUUUAUUGGAGUUGAUUACUGGAAGGAGGGCCAUUGAUAGCACCAAAGCACAUGGAGAACAAAAUCUUAUUUCAUGGGCACGACCAAUGUUCAAUGACCGAAGGAAGCUCGCAAAGCUCGCUGACCCAAAACUACAAGGCCGAUAUCCAAUGCGAGGUCUCUACCAAGCCCUCGCGGUUGCAUCAAUGUGCAUUCAAGAGGAUGCCACAACCCGCCCCCUCAUUGCAGACGUCGUGACCGCGCUCUCCUACCUCGCAUCCCAAGCGUACGAUCCCUCCAUGGGGCCUGCUUCCAUUCACCGAUCCCGAAGCGGGCGCUCAGCGACUGAGAAAGGUGAGGACGGUGGAGGGAGCAGCGGUCGGAAGCUGGAGGUCGAUGGGUUGGAGAAGGACGAGUCACCACGAGAGGUGACGUCAGUGAACAAGGAUUUCGACAGGGAGAGAGCGAUCGCCGAGGCGAAAAUGUGGGGAGCGAAUUGGCGGGAGAAGAGACGGGCCAGCGAGAACGGAAGCUUUGAUGCUUCUAGUGGCAACGGAUAAUUUUAAUUUAUUUUGAGUUUUGAUUCUUGUAUUAUUCGAAGGGGAGAGCGAAGGAGAGAGUUGAGUGUAUAUUAUGGUACUUGUUACGUUUUUUGCUUGUAAAAUUGGAGAGAAAAAUUUUGUGGGACAAGAGAAAUCUGCUUGAUGUUUCCUUUCUGCACAUUCUCUGCUUGAGCUUUUUUACUGUUGAGAAUGAGGAGGUGCUUCUUUAUUGUGA